UUGGGAAACAGGGGGGCGUCUCAUCUGCAAGAGCAGCACGAGUCUGCGGCAAGGAACCAUACACAUACAGCACCGGGAGAUAGAUAGUCUAGGGGAGAGAGAGGGGAGCUAGCGAGUCAGCCAGACACGGCCAGACAAACUACACAAGUUUUGCCAUUCAGUCGAAGCUUCUCUGCUCUCCGCGCCAACUGCGUGUGUUUUGGAGGCAGUGCGUCCAGCACGGCACGGCACGGCACGGCGUGUGUUUUUGAGUGUUGCUGAUUCAUUUCCCAACUCUCCCGAACCGCAUUUCCUUCCAAUGGCCAGCCCGAGCUCGGAUGCGGGACGACACCUCCAUCUGCACCAGCCUCAUCAUCAUCACCACCACCACACCGAACCGGCACCGGAGGCAGCCGUCCGUGAGGCGCAGAAAUGGAUCGAGGCAGUGACUGGGCGCUGUUUUGGUGAGAAGGAUUUCCGUACAGGACUGGAGAAUGGCAUCUUACUGUGCGAGUUGUUGAGCUCUAUCAAGCCAGGUCUGGUGAAGAAGAUCAACAGGCUGCCCACGCCCAUAGCAGGCCUGGACAACCUGACGCUGUUCUUGAGGGGUUGUGAAGAGCUGGGGCUGAAGGGAACACAGCUGUUCGACCCCGGAGACCUGCAGGACACCUCAACACGCGCCACCGCCAAAGGAUCCGACUGCAGCAGAAGACUAAAGAAUGUGCUGAUCACCAUCUACUGGCUGGGGAAGGCUGCUAACAGCUGUGCAUCCUACAGUGGGCCCACUCUGGACCUGAAGGAGUUCGAAGGGCUCUUGUCACAGAUGCGAAAGGAAGCGGAGGACAGUGACAGUCCGAAGCGCAGCAUCCGGGACAGCGGCUACAUCGACUGCUGGGACUCUGAGCGCUCCGACUCGCUCUCGCCGCCCCGCCCCCGCCACGGCCGGGAGGACUCCUUCGACAGCCUGGACUCCUUCGGCUCGCACUCGCGACAGACCCCCUCACCGGACGUACUGGUCGCUCGCAUCGGCAGCAGCGAUGGCCGCGGCAGCGACUCGGAGUCCGACUUCCCUCACCACCUCCAUCAGCAGAGGCGCGCGCUGCCGGACGUGCGCAAGGACGACAUGCUGGCGCGCCGCACCUCGGUGAGCGAGCCGCGCACGGCGCUGCCCUUCAACCAGUACCUGCCCAACAAGAGCAACCAGACGGCUUACAUGCCCACGCCGCUGCGGCGCAAGCAGCCGGCCGAGAGGGAGGAUGGAGGGAGGAAGAGCUGGAGCACCGCCACCUCACCCAUAGGGGGCGAAAGACCCUUCAGCAGAAGCCCCUCCCGCUCAUGUUCCGAGGAGCUCUACCGCACUUCCUUGACGACCAGUGCCAUGUCGACCGCCAUCGUAGUUACCGUGCCCCUCAGCCCCUCCCCCAGGGACAGCCCCGAGCCCGGCAGGAAGUUCCUGCCGCUGAAGGUGGACGCCGGAGCAGCAGCAGGGCCUUCUGGGAAACGAGCUGGGGGCGGCGCCAUGUCCGACGACAUGUGGGCAAGGAGGUCUCAGAACUCGCCGAAACACAGCGGCGGGGCGAGCCCCACCCACUUCCUGCCCGUUCCCGCGACAACGGCCAAUCUGGGGAGGGCGUUGAUGGAGUCCGCCGACUCGGACAAGCCCAGGAGGAGGCCAUCUUGGUUGGACGAUGAGCUGUCGCCAACAUACAGCCACAGUCCUAGUGUGUCAGAUGACUCUGAGAGUGUGAGCAUGAACGAUGUGCGCUCUGAGGACGACGUCUUCCUCAACCCCCACAGUCAGGUGCGGCACGAGCUCAUGCACAACCAGUACAACAAGCUGAAGGAGGAGGAGGACCACUGGCAGGACGACUUGGCAAAGUGGAAGAACCGCAGGAGAAGCGUGUCGCAGGACCUGAUCAAGAAGGAGGAGGAGAGGAAGAUGAUGGAGAAGCUGAUGACUGGAGAUGAAGGCCUGGCAGCGCAGCGGAGGAAGAGCAUCAAGACCUACAGGGAGAUCGUGGAGGACAAGGAGCGUCGUGAGCGUGAGCUACAUGAGGCCUACCGGGGUGCGCGGACCCAGGAGGAGGCCAACGCCAUUCUCCAUCGCUACGCGCAGCGCUUCAGCAUCAGCGAGGCCAUCCUGGAACGCCUCAAGCUGCCCAAGUUCAUAGAGCGCAGCAUCUCCGCCGACCCCACCGGCUCCACCUCCCCCGCCGGAUCGCGCCUGCCCCCGCUGCCCGACUUCGGUGACGGUGACGACGUCUUCGAGGCCUGCUUUGAGCCGACGGACGGCAGCAGCAAUGGUGGUGGUGGUGGUAGUAAUGGUGCUGGUGGCCGUGGAGCUACCAGUGGUGGAAGUAGCCCCAUGAAGUAUCUCCGUCAGCAGUCGCUGCCCGCGCCCAAGUUCACCUCCACCGUGGAGGCCAUGGUGGGCAAUUUCGCCCCACCAACGUCAACGGCGGCUAAAGUACCUCCACCGGUCCCAGAGAAACCCUCCAAACCUGUGCCCAUCAUCGCACCCAAGCCCUACGCUCCGCAACACAGAGCCAGGGAGCCGGCAGGAGACAAACAAGUGAAGGUGGAUGGCAUGCUGCGUCUGAACGGAGAGGCGGUGAGCAACACGGAGGGGAAGGAAGGCAUGAUGGACGAGCGAGAAGACAGCCCCUCGCCACUGCAGUUCCUGCCCUGUCCCGUCACCGAGCACGAGGACCAGAGCCCACAGCAGUCCAGCAGAGCGAGUCCCGUCCCCGUCCCCUCUGUGUCACCCAUCUCCUCCUCCUCUCCCAUACACGCCACACAGCAGCAGGCCAGUCCGCUGCAGGCACACACUCCCCCCAAACAGGAGUCUCCCUCCACACCACCACCAACACACUCUCCUUCACAGGCCUCGCCCUCCUCACACACUCCGCAGCGAGGAUCCCCCGUCACACACAUGGCUGAGCAGGCCUCUCCGGCACACACUCCUCCACCUCCGAAGCAGGCGUCUCCCACGCACUCCUCCACGCACGUGUCCCCCUCGCACACUCCUCCUGCCAACACUCCCACUUCGGAGGCGCUCACUCCCGGCAGUCCAACAAAGUCCAUGGUGGAGGAGGAGGAGGAGGAGGAGAAGGCUACUAGGGAGGAGGUGAAGCCUACCGUGGAGGAGAGUCAGGAGAAGGAGAAGGUGAGCGAGGCAGCGCCAACACAGUCCCAGGAUGCAUCACAGUCACCAGAGAGUCCGAAGAAGUCGCCACCCAGCCGGCCGACGUCCCUACCCUCGGACCUGCAGAGUCCCGUAUCCCCUCCACUGGAUGAUGUGGAGGCAGAGAGCAUGUCGACUUCCGUCACAGACACUCAGCCAAGCCAACCCACAGAGGUGAUGACCUCCACUAUAGCCCCUAGUGUGCACACCACAGCCCCUACUCCUGUUGCCACAGAACCUGGAGCAGUGCCAGGCCAGGAAAGCACAGCAGCACAGAUUGGAGAAUGCACUCACCUCACACCUCCUCUGUCCAGAUCUCCAGGUGCACCUCCCGCAGCAGAGAGUCCUGCCCAGGAGCAUAGUGAUGUAAGCGUGUCACCUGUGGUGUUGAAUAUGGUCAAGCGGGGAGGCGACCCGUGGUCGUGGGACCCUGACGAGGAGCGCAGACGACAGGAGAUGUGGCAGCGAGAGCAGGAGCGCAUGCUUCAGGAGAAGUACCGUCGUGAGCAGGAGAAGCUAAAGCAAGAGUGGGAGCGAGCCCAGAGGGAGGUGGAGGAGGAGGAGAGGAAGUACCACGAGGAGGAGCAGAAGAUCCUGGAGGAGACGGUGGCACCGCUGACGCCCCACUCCCCCGCCAUGCCCGCCUCUCCGGCCCCCCUGAGGGGAGACUUGGUCCCCACGGCCUCCCCCUCUCUUACACCCACCCCCACCCCCGCCCCACACGACACCAUCGUGCGCUCGCUGGCCGACUGGGAACGCAAGCAGGAGAUGCUGGAGAGACAGGGGAGGGGAAGCACUGACGACUGGAACCAAAGGGACAGUGAGCACACUGCAGAUGAGAAGAGCUCACACAUGCAGAAGGCAGAGAGUGCGGACCUUCUGACCACCUCAGGUGUGUCUGAGGUCAGCUCCCGCAGUCAGCACAACGGCCAGAGGCCAGCCAGGGGCCACAGCCAGCCCAGGAGCCCCCAGCCACAGAGCUCCCAGGAAACAACAAGGAACAGUAAAAAGACAACCUCACUGGACCGCAAGACUGGAGGAAGGAGGUCUGAGGAUUGUGAGAGCAAUGCACCAAACUCCCCCCUGUCACCCCCAUACUCCUCCUCCGAUACCCCACCUUCAUCCCCCAACAGGUCUGUGAGUGGCAAGAAGCUGUGCUCCAGCUGUGGCCAUCCCCUGGGGAAAGGGGCCGCCAUGAUCAUAGAGACCCUCAGCCUCUACUUCCACAUCCAGUGCUUUAAGUGUGGCAUCUGCAAGGGACAGCUGGGUGACACCACCACGGGCACAGACGUCAGGAUCCGGAAUGGCCUCCUCAACUGUCAUCAGUGCUACAUCCGCUCACGCUCGGCAGGACAGCCCACCACCCUGUAAAGCAUCCAGCCAGCCAGCCAGCCAGCCAGCCGGUCGGUCAGCCAUGCAGCAAGAGUGGAGCUCCUAGCGAGUGCCCAGUCCAUCCAGACAACGUCCGCUCCCAUCCUCCUCCUCCUCCUCCUCCUAUCCUCCUCCUCCUCAUCCAGCAUGUCCAGAUACAACAACAACAGCUGUCGUGUGAUGAUGGUGAUGGUGAUGAUGAUGAUGAUGAUGAUGAUGAUGAUGAGUCCCCUUCCUUUUCCCCCUUGGUCUCUCUGGUUCCUCAUCCCUGGUCCUGGUCUGAUGUUACCACCGUUGUGUCCAAAAACACCAAACAAAAACAAAACAAAAAAAACACACAAGAAAAGAUGAAAAAUGUCUUAUGUCCACAGCCAAAAUAAGAGGAUGUUUUAUGUGUUGUUUCCCACCUGCUCAGUAAACAAUGUAUGGAGUAUUCUGCACUUCUGCCUAGAACUGGGGGGGUAGCCAUUUUGUAGUACAGUGUUUUUUAACAGAAAAGAGGAGAGAGAAAAACAGGUCGACAUUUGAUUUGCUCCCUCACGAUAACAAGUCCCUCGUCUGCCGAUGUAACAGUGUACAAUUGAAUAGGCACAAGUGUCUCUUUGCUUGUGCCUAAACACAAAUAUGACCACUGUAUUGUCUCUUUAGCAUACACGCCCCAAUCAGCAAUCAUGGGUUUGUUCACCAGCUAAUCGUCUGUAGGUAUAAAUAAUUGUGUACGACUGUAGCAGUCAGCGAGCAAAAUGUAUUACAUUUCACAAACAUUUUGACCCGUUCAAGUUGCUGUAGUAGUUGGAGAUGUAGACACGUUGCACAAUGGCGAGAGGAAUCAGUCCGUUUGUUAGGUGGGAGCGCCUAGUACUGUAUGGGAAGACGAAGACAUUGUUGUUUCCACUUAAGAGGUAUUUUUUCUCUAUGUGGUAUUUUGCCAAAAAAAGAAGACAAAAACAAAGGAUGUUGGGUAACACUUUACUUGACGCCGGUGUC